AUGAGCGUUCAACUCCCGCCCGCGACACACCGGAAGCGCGCUCUCCCCCAAGGCGAGCUUGAAGCCGCCUCUCAGCUCAAACUUGGCGCCGAUCAGCACACACAUACACUCUCGCUUUCCGAAGCGCGUCUCGUCAUUCACAAGGUGUUGGAGAAUAAGCGCCGGGGAGGAGGCAAAUAUGAAGAGCCAGAGAACUUGACGAAAACGCUCGAUUAUUUGGACGUGUUUGCCCGGUUCAAGGACGAGGAGAACAUCAAGGCGGUGGAACGGUUAUUGAACUCGCACACGGAGCUGGAGAUGUUUGAGAGAUCGCAACUGGGAAGCUUAUGCUGCGACAAUGCCGAAGAGGCCAAGUCCCUUAUCCCCAGUUUGCAAAACAAGAUUUCCGACAGCGAGCUUCAGGAGCUCUUGGAUGAACUGACCAAGCUGCGUAACUUCACCGAAUAA